UUCGUUCAUUCCCAAUAUAUUCUAAUACUAAAAAUAAUCCAAAUAUCCUGCUCAUUGUAAAUAUAUUUGAAAAUAUUCUUCCUCUAUUCAAAAAUCAACUCUUAGAAUUGGAAACAAUUCAAGUAUAAAGAUAAUCCAAACAUGACAAGAAUUCCUAUAAAUUGCAAACAUCCUUGGUUCACCAUUCUUUCUUCAUUAAAAAAUUAUAUUAAUACUAGAAGUAAUCCAAAUAGCAAUAGAUACGUUCAUCAAUGAAACCUAACGAGUCUGAGCAAAACUAAACAGCGGAAGGACAAUUCCUUAAGGAGAAUCCAAUUACCAGCUACGGAUUGCAACGCGAGAAAAACGAAUUCUAGCUCCGAAAGAGUUCGAGGAAGCUCACACGAGUAACGGGCAGGAGGGAAGCGACCGGUGAGAGGUGCCGGGACAAGAUGGGAAUUAUCCAGGGCCCCUUUCAGGCCCCCGGAGAUGCUCCCCAGACACACUCGAGUGGGAAGAAUCUGGGUUACUCGAGCCAGAAGGGAAUGUGGGCCGGCUAUAUACCGGUUGCCUGCUCGUACAUCGCAGUUCAUUCUUCUUUCUCGUCGCGAUCGACAAGUCGUAGACGAGCUUAAGUACGUUCCCCAUUGGCCUAAGCGAAACCAAACUAAUACCAAUCUAUAUAUACGGAGCCCACGAAAGAAAUUCUAGUUAUACUCUUUCGUAUCUUAGUAUCUUUAUUGACAAUUUACUCCUGUCAUUGACUUUUUGGGUAGAAGAUCGUCAAGGGUGAACAAAGGUGAACAAAGUGUCCAGAGGAAGAUUCCCUUUAGGAGCAACAAAUAUGAGGGCGAUAUGGUUGAUGUUGGUUCUCGUCGCCGUUGUGGUGAAUGCUCAACGCCGACUGGCCCUGCCUGAUCCACGAAGCUGUGCUAACCGGGUACGACAUGCUACUUAUAGGGACGCUAGAGGUGUUGCACAUUCAUACUUCUUCAGUUGGGAACACCAACCGACUAGAAGCCUUGAAGUAGACUGGCUAGAUUCACGUAAUAUUUGUCGCAGACACUGUAUGGAUGCAGUUUCUCUUGAAACGCCACAAGAAAAUGAAUUUAUCAAACAGCGAGUAGCAAGAGGAAAUGUAAGGUAUAUUUGGACAUCUGGACGUAAAUGCAACUUCAAUGGCUGUGAUAGGCCAGAUCUCCAACCGCAAAAUAUUAAUGGAUGGUUCUGGUCAGGUUCUGGAGCUAAGAUUGGUCCCACCACACAGCGUAACUCUGGAGAUUGGAGUCACACUGGUGGAUAUGGCCAAGCACAACCUGAUAAUCGUGAAGCUGCUCAGGGUAACGACGAGUCUUGUUUGUCGAUCCUGAAUAACUUCUACAAUGAUGGUAUCAAAUGGCACGAUGUAGCCUGCCAUCAUAGGAAACCAUUUGUCUGUGAAGACAGCGACGAACUUUUGAAUUUCGUGCUUUCCAGAAACCCUGGCAUUCGCCUUUAAAAGCUUCUUUUUAUAGCUUCUGUGAAUUCUUGAAUGUUCAGUACCUAAGAUCUCUUGAUCAACCAAGAAUAGCAAGGAACUUUUCUAUUUCUUGACUUUUAAUUUAUGUCAUUAUGUAUCCAUUAUAAUUAAAAACUAAAUUAAAUCUUUCCAUUCAUUCACAAUUGUAUUCUAAUAAAUUUAUAUUCUUGAAAUCAAUUAAAUUAAAAUUCUAUCAAUUAGAUAUU